CUUUCAGGCAGCCAAACUUUUGAUCAGAAAACAUCAUGUUUUCAGCCUUGAAGUACCAUGCAAUAGACUACUUACAGGAGAAAGUGGCUAGAGAGAGAUUUUCCUUUGAAUUGUUCUCAAUUCACAUCCCUUCUGGUUUAUAUCAAGAUAAAAAUUAUAAUCUUAACGGAAACUUGGCUGAUGAUACAUAUAGGAGACCCUGGACAAGAGUUACACCUGACCUCACUCAAAUUGCUAUGGAUCGUCCUGUGCUUGAACUCUGGAAUAAACAUCUUUAUACGGAAGACUUCUUGGAGGAGUGA